GAGGGUCAGGGAAAUCCACAGCCACCACCGCAGCUACAGUUGCCGUCACGCCUAUGGACAACAGGUCAACGUGUAAUUUAAUGAACAGUUUCACUGAUGGGGCUGUGCUGAAUUUUAAUAGCUGAACCACCCCUGGGCCUUCUGAAAACCGUCUGGCAGACAAUAAAUAAUGGAUUGCUCUGGGACCUAGUUACAGGAGUCCAUACCAGUUGGCAGAUAUGACGUCCACUAGGAGAGGUCACGGGGCUAUGCAGCCGCCUCACACAGUCAUCUCCCACAUCUCUGAGGAGACAGAGAAGGAGGGGAACAGACGCCCUUUGCGCUCCCCAUGCCACCUCAACACAAACAACAACAACAACAACAACAACAACAACAAUGAAGAACCAAAGGAGCCAUUCGUUGUCAAUCCAGGAGGGGGCCUCUACAACUACUGGCUCCUCAUAAUCACAAUCCCUGUCAGUUACAACUGGACCAUGAUUAUCGCAAGAUCCUGUUUUGAGGAACUCCAGCACAGGCAUCUGUUCCUCUGGUUUUUUCUGGACUACACCUCAGACCUGGUGUACCUGGCUGACAUGGCUGUGCGAGCAAGAACAGGUUACCUGGAGCAAGGUCUGCUGAUCAAAGAUACGAAGAAGCUUCUGGCUGAAUACAUGUCUGGCACGCAGUUCAAAUUGGACGCAAUUUCAAUGUUGCCCACUGAUCUCCUGUACUUUUACUUGGGCCUUGACUACCCCGAGAUCCGCAUGAACAAACUGCUGCGGCUCAACCGUAUGUUUGAGUUCUUUCAGCGCAUGGAGACCAAGACCAACUACCCCAACAUUCUGCGCAUCAGCACCCUGGUCAUGUAUAUCAUAAUCAUCACCCACUGGAAUGCCUGCAUCUACUACUCCUUCUCCAAGUUCAUCGGCUUUGGCUCGGACCCUUGGGUCUACCCCUCUCUGGAUGAAGACGAGUAUGGAGAGCUGUUGACAAAGUACGCCUAUAGCCUUUACUGGUCUACUAUGACGAUGACCACAAUUGGUGAGAUGCCGCCACCUGAGGUUGACUCAGAGUUUUUCUUCCAUACUGCCGACUUCCUGGCAGGUGUGUUCAUCUUUGCCACCAUUGUGGGUAAUGUGGCCUCCAUGAUUUCCAACAUGAAUGCUGCAAGAGCCAAUUUCCAGGCACGCAUCGACAACAUCAAACAGUACAUGCAUGUGCGUAAGGUAGACCAGGACCUGGAGAACCGUAUUAUCACCUGGUUUGACUACAUGUGGAACAACAACCGUUCGCAGGACGAGCGAGAGGUGAUGCGGUACCUACCAGACAAGCUGCGGGCGGAGAUCGGAAUCAGUGUGCACUUGGAAACCCUCAAGAAGGUGCGCAUCUUUGCCGACUGCGAGGCAGGCCUCCUGAUAGAGCUUGUGCUCAAGCUUCGUGCCGUCAUCUUCAGCCCAGGUGACUACAUCUGCAAGAAAGGGGACAUCGGCCGGGAGAUGUACAUCAUCAAAGAAGGCAAGCUGGCUGUGGUGGCCGAUGACGGGGUCACACAGUUUGUUGUCCUGGGCGAGGGAAGCUACUUCGGAGAGAUUAGCAUCCUCAAUAUCAAGGGCAGUAAGGCAGGAAACCGUAGGACGGCUAACAUUCGCAGUGUUGGUUACUCAGAUCUUUUUUGCCUGUCCAAGGAUGACCUGAUGGAGGCUCUCCAAGAGUACCCUGAGGCCAAGACCGGGCUGGAAGACAAAGGCCGACAGAUCCUCUUGAAGGACAAUCUGAUUGAGCUCGACCUGUCCAAGCUGAAGCCAGACGAGAAGGACCUGGAGAGCAAAGUGAACAGCCUGUACGGCAGCAUAGAGCUGCUGAAAACCAAGCUCUCCAAGGUGUUGAAGGCUCACUGCAGGAGGAGGCAAGCACUGAAGGAACGCAUCACUAUGAUGGAACGCUACACGGGAGAAGUGGCGGAAGACUCGGAAGAUGAGGAGGAGGAGAAAGCAGAUGCAGAGACCGAGCAGGCGGAGAAGGAAGGGGAGACAGAGGAGGAACGGAAGGAGGGAGAGGUGGAGGGUGGCAGAGAUGAAGUCGCAGAGAAGGAGGAGGACACGGGGGAAGGAGAGAAAAAGUAGACUGCGGCUGAGAAUUACCUUUUGUUUUUUAGCUGCUUUAAAUUAUUAUUGAUGCAUGACUAACUUCAUUAACAUGAGCAUGUAAAAAAAAUCACAGAGGUGUAUCUCUGCUCUCUGAGAUUAAAUCAUGAACAACUACAAAAUAAAUAAAUAAUUUUACUUCCAUAAA